UUAUCUCCGAGUCUGAGUCCUGAAAUCUGAGGAAAUUUUGACGCGGUAACCCUUUCUAUUCUAGUGUUUGGAAACAACUCGAGGUUUCUUGACUCGCCAACAUCACGUUGACAUAUUUUACGGCCUGGUUUGAUGUAACGUUAUUUCUAUGGCGCAUUCCAAGAACUCGACACAUGAAUUCCACGACCAGAGCAUACUAGUUCGUUCCUACCAAGACGAGAGCUACCUGCGCGGAUUUCUUGGAGCUGUGGGUGACUUACAGAAGGAAGGGGAACUGCAGGAUGUCGUCCUUGAAGUCGAGGGCCGGCGGUUUCCCUGCCAUCGGCUUGUUCUGUCCACAGCCAGCCCCUACUUCAGAGCCAUGUUUACAAGCGACAUGGCGGAAAGUCGGCAGAAGACGGUUGUUUUACAGGGUUUUGAUGCAGGCGUAUUUGCAGAGAUCCUGAGUUACAUCUACUCGGGAACCCUCCAUGUGUCCCUGGACAGAGUGCAGCCCCUGUACCAGGCAGCUGACCUCCUCCAACUGGACUAUGUGAGAGACACCUGCAGCAGCUGCAUGGCCAUGAACGUGGAGCGCUCCACCUGUCUGGACCUCUACAAGUUUGCUGAUGUCUUCUCGUUGGACAUUGUCCGGAAACAUUGUUUGCAGUGUAUCCAUAGAAACUUCGGUGAGGUUUCCUCCAGUGAGGAGUUCUGCAGCUUGAGUGUGGAUCAGCUGACUGAGAUCAUCAGCCAGGAUGAGUUGGAGGUUAAGGAGGAGACAAGAGUGUGGGAGGCUGUGGUGAGAUGGGUGCAGCACAGCAGGGAGGACAGACUCCACUACCUUCCCAGCAUCCUCCCUCACAUCCGCUUCAACCUGCUGACCUCAGACGACACGACAGCCAUCUUGGAACAUCCCCUGGUCAGAGAGGAGCCUGGGAGUGCUGAGGUCAUCAGGAAUGUGGUUAAGGAGGCUUCCAACCAGAAGCCAAGGCUUGGCAUGACCACGGAAAUGUUUCUGCUUAUCACUCUAAUGAGUAAAAGUUUCAGGAAAAAUGAAGUCCACUACAUGAACCCUCAGCAAGGGAAGCACAUCACAUGCAGGUAUGAAGACCUCCCUCAUAUCACAGAUGUUGCAGUCACCAGUGAUAACGAUAUUUAUGCCCUGACUUGUGAGCCAGAGGAUGAUGAACAAGUGUCCCUGUCUAAGUACAACCAUGCGGACAAUGUAUGGGAACAAGUUGGUACGUCCUCAGUAUCAAAAGUGCCUUCUCAUUACAAGGAAUUCUUAAUUGAGGUUAAGGGAAUUUUCUUCUACAUCGGCACUGAUGUAGCAUGUAGAAGAGAUGGUGCAUUGGUGGAGGUGAGAAAGUACAACCAGCACACCGACCAAUGGCAAGAAUGUUCACAUCUGGAACAUUACAAAGAAUACGAAGAAGAAGACGAAGAUUAUGGUACUGUGUUGUCUUGCGGUCCAUACAUCUAUUUCAUCACAAACGAUGAUAUGUAUCGCUAUGACCCAAGCCUUGACUGUUGGCAUGCGUGGACCCCACCGAAACUCAUCCCUGAUGUCUGCACAGCUGUCACCAUGGGAACGGAGAUUUUCUGCACAAACUUUUUCUUCACCGACACCAUGCUGUAUGACACAGAGUUAGACUACUGGCAGAGACUGCAAGGCUGGCCAAACCCGGCAAACCUCGCUAUUCAUAACUUCUUUACCCGGCCCACUCUUUUCCUAUUGGAGAACCAGGUGCACAUAUUGGUACCCUGUGACGUUGGCCAGGAACAGGACGAGCAUCGCCACCUGGUAUUUGUGUACGACAGGUCUGCUGAUGUCUGGAGAGAGAAGGUCACCCUGCCUGAUACAGAUUAUUCUGUGCUUGGCAGUGGCAGCGUGUGCCCUGUGGCACGUUUCUACCUACCAUACCUGGAUGUGCGGCAGGAUAAGGACACAUAGGGUACAGCAGGACAGGACUGUUUAACAAUGUUAUUGUUUAGAUCUCAGGUUUUGCGAAUUGCUGAAUGCCCUUGUAAACAAACAUAGCACCAAGACAAAGACAUUCAUGUACUUUAUUAAGCCUUUACCAUUGUUUCUGUCAUGUAGAAGGUUACUAGUAUAUUGUUGGUAAUGCAUAUGUAUGGAUGUAUGUUUGGUUCAAAUUGGUUGUAUGUGGUUUUAGCAGAAUAACCUAUUAAACGAUGGUUGGAUUGUCAUGGAAUUUGUUUUAUACGUCUAGAAAAGAUUAGAUUUUGGUUGCUGUUAGGGUUAUUGUUUGCAUGGCACUGCCAUCA